GCCAGUGAUUGGCUGGAGUGAAUUGGUCCACGGCAGGAAAAUGGCUGCGAGUUCUUCUGUAGUCCCUGUGGCUGGGGCCGCGGCAGUGGCGCCGGUCCUGUCCACGAACGGCGACUUCUCAGAUUUGCGGGAAAUUAAAAAGCAGCUGCUGCUUAUUGCGAGCCUUACCCGGGAGCGGGGCCUGCUGCACAGUAGCAAAUGGUCCGCUGAGUUGGCCUUCUCCCUCCCGGCGUUGUCCCUGGCCGAGCUGCCGCCGCCGCCGCCUGUUACAGAGGAGGAUGCUCAGGAUAUGGAUGCUUACACCCUGGCCAAGGCCUACUUUGAUGUUAAAGAGUAUGAUCGGGCAGCACAUUUCCUGCAUGGCUGCAAUAGCAAGAAAGCCUAUUUCCUAUAUAUGUAUUCCAGAUAUCUGUCUGGAGAAAAAAAGAAGGAUGACGAAACAGUUGAUAGUUUAGGCCCCCUGGAGAAAGGACAAGUGAAAAAUGAGGCUCUCAGAGAACUGAGAGUGGAGCUCAGCAAAAAACACCAAGCUCGGGAACUUGAUGGAUUUGGCCUUUAUCUUUAUGGUGUGGUGCUUCGAAAACUGGACUUGGUAAAAGAGGCGAUUGAUGUGUUUGUGGAGGCUACUCAUGUUUUGCCCUUGCACUGGGGAGCCUGGUUAGAACUGUGUAACCUGAUCACAGACAAAGAGAUGCUGAAGUUCCUGUCUUUGCCAGACACCUGGAUGAAAGAGUUUUUUCUGGCUCAUAUAUACACAGAGUUGCAGUUAAUAGAGGAGGCUCUGCAAAAGUAUCAGAAUCUCAUUGAUGUGGGCUUCUCUAAGAGCUCAUAUAUUGUUUCCCAAAUUGCUGUGGCCUAUCACAAUAUCAGAGAUAUUGACAAAGCCCUCUCCAUUUUUAAUGAGCUAAGGAAACAAGACCCCUACAGGAUUGAAAAUAUGGACACAUUCUCUAACCUUCUUUAUGUCAGGAGCAUGAAAUCUGAGUUGAGUUAUCUGGCUCAUAACCUCUGUGAGAUUGAUAAAUAUCGUGUAGAAACAUGCUGUGUAAUUGGCAAUUAUUAUAGUUUACGUUCUCAGCAUGAGAAAGCAGCCUUAUAUUUCCAGAGAGCCCUGAAGUUGAAUCCUCGAUAUCUUGGGGCCUGGACGCUGAUGGGGCAUGAGUACAUGGAAAUGAAGAACACGUCUGCUGCUAUCCAGGCUUAUAGACACGCCAUUGAGGUCAACAAGCGGGACUACAGAGCUUGGUAUGGUCUUGGACAGACUUAUGAAAUCCUUAAGAUGCCAUUUUACUGCCUUUAUUAUUACAGGCGGGCCCAUCAGCUUCGGCCCAAUGAUUCUCGUAUGCUAGUUGCUUUAGGAGAAUGUUAUGAGAAACUCAACCAACUAGUGGAAGCCAAAAAGUGUUAUUGGAGAGCUUACGCCGUGGGAGAUGUGGAGAAAAUGGCUCUGGUGAAACUGGCAAAGCUUCAUGAACAGUUGACUGAGUCAGAACAGGCUGCCCAGUGUUACAUCAAAUAUAUCCAAGAUAUCUAUUCCUGUGGGGAAAUCGUGGAACACUUGGAGGAAAGCACUGCUUUCCGCUAUCUGGCACAGUACUAUUUUAAGUGCAAGCUGUGGGAUGAAGCUUCAACUUGUGCCCAAAAGUGUUGUGCAUUCAAUGAUACCCGAGAGGAAGGUAAGGCCUUACUCCGGCAAAUCCUCCAGCUACGGAACCAAGGCGAGACUCCCACCACCGAGAUGCCUGCUCCGUUUUUCCUUCCUGCUUCACUCUCUGCCAACAACACUCCCACACGCAGAGUUUCUCCACUCAACUUGUCUUCUGUCACACCGUAGUUGGCUACUUUCAAGCCAGCACAUUAUUAGACUCAUCUUAAAAGCCUUACCUACAUGUAAAGAACAGUCCCGUCUGUUCUUUCAAGGACCUCUGCUCUUCUUGGAAACAACUCCAUGGGGACAGUUUAUAUAAUCACUUUCAGAGGCAGACUGACAGAAUACUGGCAGGAACAGACAUUGUCUUUUGUCAGUUAGAAGCACUUCUGUCCAGAGACUGGCUAUAGAUCUUGGCCUUCUUCUCUGAGCCAUUUGCCCCCGAAAUAAAAAUCCCUUUUAUAGCACUUUAGCACAGGCAAUGCUACAGGAAGCUGCUGGGAGCGGGAGAGGCAUGGGAGAAAAGUCUGCCACUCUACCCUCUGCUGGCAGUAGACUGAAUACUCUAGGAGGAUGUCAGGGCAAUGGGUAGAAAUGAACUUGCUCUUGGAUUUGCUGAGCCUGACUGCUAUUCUGAUGUCAGAGAUUAGGUUUAAAUGGAGUGGUGCUAUAUAUCCUUACUUUAGGGAGAUAAUCUUCUAAAAGUGUUAAGGAGGACCUUCUAAAAGCUUUUGGAAGUAACUUGAGUUGAAUAAAAGAAGGGCAAAAGAAUAUCACUGAGCUUGGAACUUCUGGUGGCCCUUACUGAGGGCAAAAGCUGGCUAUAGUAUUAGCUAUACUACCAAAGCAAAGCAAGGAGACAGGAUUACAGAUUAUCUAAUGGACAAAAUAACUUGUGUUUAUACAGAUAAGAAUAAACUUACUUUAAGCUGGUCUGUUUUAGUAAGUUUUUGAUGCAAUUGUCUAUUUUUUCCCUCCCAUCUCCAAUACAAUGUUUUCAGCCUUUAUCUAAGCAUAGGGAAUCAUUCUUGGAGUGCUCUUAGAGGGCUUCCCACCUGUGCAUGUGUCCAGUAGGAGGUAAUAUGCUACGACUCUAGUAUCUGCUGUGAUGAAUGUGUACAGUAGAUCCUAAGUAUCAUUCCGAGCUCAGGGUUGGUCUAGGCUCCAUUCUUAUUCCCACAACAUAUCUGUCACCUAUUUACUUCCUAACAUACGAAACUUCAUCUUACAUAUUAAGGAAGGUUUAGAAUAGCUAAUGCCACUUGAAUUCAUUUCUUACCAAGCCUUCUUAGGCCAGCUGUACACUAGUUACUGGUCUCCACUGCCACGCUUGUGCAAGGGGGUCUCAUUGGCCAGAAGGAUGAAGUUUGAUUCUCAGUUUUUCUGCCCCUUUUAUAAUGUUCUAAUGAUUUUGCUACAUUUUGAAUUCAAAUAAAUGUGAACAAUAA